CAACCAGUAUAGAACCUGCAGUUAUACUAACUGAUUCCGAUCCUGCUGUUAACUCAGCUGUAAAGGAAGUAUUUAAAUCAACGUACCCAAUUUAUUGUGCUUUUCACAUAACCCAAAAUCUUUACAAAAAUCUUCGAAAGUCCCUAGAUACACAAUACAAUCAAUUUUUUAUGGAUUUCUAUAAGUGCCAAAAUAGUUUAGUGAAAACCAUAUUUGAAAACAAAUUUACAAAAUUAGGUCAUGAUUACCCAAAAGCUAAACCUUAUUUAGACAACCUAUAUAAAUCAAAAGAUUCUAAUAUGUCGCUCAAUGAAUUAAUGCAAGAAAUACAUCACAUGCUUGACUGCCAAGAUAAAGAAUCUAAAUAUCUAUUUUGGAAACUCGUGAUUCCUUCAAUCAAAAGUAACGACCAAGCAAACUUUUUAUUUACAUAUAUAGACAAAUGUUGUCAAACAUAUCUUACUCCAAAUAUGUUAAAAAUGCAAAGGGAUGAAAUUAACCAAUUAGUUUAUUACUCAGCACAAAUAAUUAGUAUAGAGAGUCUAAAAAGUAUAAAUGAGGAUAACAUUAUGAUUAAUAUUGAAGAAGAAAAUCCUGAGGACCAGCAUGCAACUAUCCAACAAAUGUUAGAAGUAGUUGGUGAAAAAAAUAUAGUUGAAGCAUGUGAAGAAGCACCUGAUUAUAAUAUUCCAUAUCUUUUUCCUUUUUAUAAUCAAGAAAAAGACUUUUUACAGGAAAAUCUUAGUCUUCUUAAACAAAAAUUACUAUUGGAGGAUUUUGUUCAGGAAUGCGACCAAUCAGAAGAUAGUUCUAGCGAUGAUAAUUACUCAGAUGAAUCUACAAGUGAAAGAGAGUUUCAACUAAAAAACCCUAAGUGA